CCAAAGCUAGGUAUAAAAGUUUUUGGUCAAAUUUACAACCCAGCAACAAAACUAGCACUCAGUUUGCAGUAGCAUGGCAGGUAUAAUCGUCUCUGAAAACUUUUACAGCAAUUCGACAACUGAUCAAAGAGAACCAGAGGGAAAAGACAGUGACAGUGACUACGAUGACGUUGGGGAUAUCGUAUGUAAAAAUCAAGAAAAAUCAAAAGCUUUCAAGACAAACAUAGAACUGCUGGAUGACAGUGAUUAUGAAGAAGUAGAUGAUAUCGUUGAAAUACAUGAACAGCUAAACACAGAGGACAAAAAUGACUGCAAGAUUCAUGAUCCUCCUGUGAAGUCUGCUUGUGGGACCAGAGCGAUAGUGCUACUCUACAUUCUGCUCAUAAUCAGCUUUGUCAUGUGGGGAGUCCUGCUCUAUAUGGCCAUUGUAAAAUACUCAGAAAUCUCCUCGGAAGUCCAGAACCUGACAACAGAACUGUCUAUGAUGAGAGAAAAUGACAUCUCUUCACAAAUACAGAGUAUGAAAACGGAUAUUUCUCAGAUGAAAACUGAAGGCUCAAAAAUGUCUGAGAACAUCCAAAAACAAUCCACAAUAACCGACGACAUCUCUUCACAAAUACGGAGUAUGAAAACGGAUAUUUCUCAGAUGAAAACUGAAGUUGCUGUAUCAAAAUCCUACAUCUGGGAGCAGUUUUUGAAGAAGUACACAUUCUCAACAGAGAAAAAGAAAUGGGCUGAAGCCAGAGACAUCUGUGUGUCUCAAGGAGCCAGUCUUGCUGUGGUCAAGAGUAUUGCAGAACUGGCCUAUUUGAAGGAAAGAAUUGAAGAGCCCCACUGGAUUGGACUGAGAGAUUUAGAAACGGAAGGAGAAUGGAAGUGGUUAGAUGGAACAGAGGUUGAUAAAAGCUAUUGGAAAUCUGAUCAGCCAGAUAACUUCAGUGAGGAAGACUGUGGUGAAAUAUUGCAAAUUGGCGAACUGAACGAUUCACAUUGUAAUACUAUGAGACACUGGAUAUGUCAAAAGUGAUGUAACAAUACCUGUCUGCUUUAGUGCACAUUGCUUUUUGCAUACCUUUGCUUUUUUAUUCAUACACAUUGCUUGUGUGUCUGUCUGCUUUUUUAUUUGUGCACAUUGCUUCUUGUAUGCCUGUCUGCUUUUUUAUUUGUGCACAUUGCUUCUUGUAUGCCUGUCUGCUUUUUUAUUUGUGCACAUUGCUUCUUGUAUGCCUGUCUGCUUUUUUAUUUGUGCACAUUGCUUCUUGUAUGCCUGUCUGCUUUUUUAUUUGUGCACAUUGCUUUUUGUAUGCCUGUCUGCUUUUUUAUUCGUGCACAUUGCUUCUUGUAUGCCUGUCUGCUUUUUUAUUCGUGCACAUUGCUUCUUGUAUGCCUGUCUGCUUUUUUAUUCGUGCACAUUACUUAUUAAUUAUUUUAUUACCCACCACCUCACCCCCCAAUGAUUAUUAUAAACAAAUCAGUGUAAACAUAUGUGGCAAAGUGGCACGUGCAGGUGCAGUGCAGUAAUCCAACAAGAAACAACAGACAAGCAAAGUACAGGUGAAAAGGUUUCUGUUUAUUUUAAUCCAGGGGUCUGAUGAGCAAACAGAGACAACAAUGAUGGCUGGCAAUACACAACGAUGUGUAUUGCACAGUAAAUGAUGAUGGUUUGCAGUCCUGUUUACACUAAACAAAUAUCCCACAAGAACAAUAAUACCAAUAAUGCAAACAUAAACACGGUCACCUCUCCCAGUGAGUGCUGGUCGUGAAUUUACAAUGUUAUUUGAGUGAAUAGUCGGUGCGUUGUUGUCCGGGUUUUGUGCUGGCCGUGGGCGACAGCUUCUGAUCGUUUUUCGUCAUCUAGUCUAACAAACAAGACACUUUCUUCUUAAACACGGAAUUACCGGCCCUUUUGGUUCAUUUGCAUAACCAAAACAAAGGAACAGAUUGCGUCACUUCGACCCCUACUUAUGACCCCUUGGUAAACGAUUCCAGCUGUUCCUCCAUUCCGCGGCUGCCACGUCAUUUCCCUUCUGGGUCAAUGAGUUAGUGUUUAGAAUACGUCUAUGUGUGCGAUGCAUAAGGGGGGAGGUGUGUGGCAGGACAGAAGGUGUAAAUAGGGGGUGGGCGAUAUUUUUUAUUUAAAUUUGCCAAAUACACAUGUGGAAUGUGGCUGGGUCUUAUUAAUUGAUCAUCAAUCAAGUUCCAGCCGCAUUGUGUAAAAAGGGAGCUGAAUCCUUUCUUCAGUGAAGAUCGAAUGCCCAACCUGAACAGAAGGCGUUUGUUGAAGGGGAUCUGAAUUGUGUUUGUGUAACCCUUUUGUUUAGGGCCAUGUGCCUGUGUUUCUUUGUGUUUUGUUCUGUUUAUUAAUUAAAGUGUGCAUUCGUGUUAAACUGCAGUAUCCUGACUCUUGGUUUA